AAAUUUUCUCAUAAAUUAUAUUUUGAUACAUUUUGAAUUGUAGAUUUCAAUUCAACUGCGGAAGUAAAAAUUAAUUUGUAUAUACUCGUUUAUUACCUUUUUUAAAACGAAAUGUUUCCUAAACGUUGUUUUUAUAUUUUGGGAGUUGUCAUUCUAGUGGAACUUUUUAUUUUCUCAAUCGCCUGGUAUAUGGACAGUAUUUCUAAUCCCAUAUAUCCGGAACAUUUGAAAUUGGAUACCCUAGUGCGAGAGCCCACUAUCGAGCAAAUGAUUGAAGGUGUUGAUCAAGAACUGCCCAAUUUGCCGUUUGAACUUUAUAUACAAAAUAAAGAUAAGGGUUAUGGCAUAAAUUCUACCUGCGCUCAAUAUCCCAAUAUUUUGCAUAUAAAGUUUCAUAAUAAUUUUUAUCAGGAAUUUGAAAAUUUAAAUGUGACUUUUGAACUGUUCGGAGCAUACUAUGACAAUCGGGCUGCCGUUCCAGAUCAUCCAGUAAUACGAGUUUUGGCGAUGGUGAAUCAAACCGAAGAGGAAUUUCCAAUUAGUUAUUGUCAAUUAUGGUAUGAAGACCAAAAAGAACCUAUUAUUGUGCCCAUAACAAAAUACUUUCCAAUUUGGUUUAAGAAUUGGGGCACUAACCCCAAUGUCUUGUAUCCAUAUUUGAUAACAUGUGUACUACCAAGAAAUAAGCUUUCUGAAGUACCACAAAGUGUAUCCAUUGUUGCUGAGGAAUGCGAAAGAGCUACAAAUCACUUGAAAGUUAUAUAUGAACCACCAACACGAAAUAUCACGAAAGGUGGUUUUGCUGUUUGUUUGAAGAAUUUGGUGUUUCCAUUUGUUGAUAUAUCCGCACGCUUGGUAGAAUGGAUGGAAAUGAUGCGCAUACUUGGUGCUCAAGAAGUAAUUGCUUACUCAAUAACAGUACAUCCGAAUGUUACCAAAGUAAUAGAUUAUUAUAAGGAACAAGGUUUCUUAAGGGUAUAUCCUCAUUCCUAUGCGCGUGGUGAACCAGUGUUUCCUUAUAUUUUGCGUUAUAUUAUGAAGCAUCACUAUCUUAAUAAGGUGUUGAACGAACUGUUGCCAUACAACGACUGUUUUUAUAGAAAUUUAUAUAAAU